AUGAGGGACCCUCAGUGGUACUGGCAACAAACGGCUUUGUCGACCCUGCACCCUGAGUGUGAGUACAUAUUUCAGCUGGAGAGAGAGGAACGCUAUUGUCUUCAGCACAUUGUAGCACCAGCAAACAACAGCGUUUCAGGUUGUCUGCCAUUUUGGGAUGCAGUUGUUUGCUGGCCUAAUGCUGUGGUAGGAGAGACAGUACAAAGAGCCUGCCCUGCAGUCUUCUCCCUGUUCAAGAAUAAUACAGGAUCAGUGAGCCGCAACUGCACCAGCAGAGGUUGGUCAGACUCCUUUCCCCCAUAUCACAUCGCCUGCAGUGUGGACGAUGACAUUCCUGAGACCGAGCAGUCGUAUUUUGCUACAGUGAAGCUCAUCUACACCAUCGGCUACAGCACUUCUCUGGUGUUUCUCUCUGCUGCGGUGCUGAUCCUGUUUCUCUUUAGGAGGUUGCGGUGUGCCAGGAAUUACAUUCACAUCCAACUCUUCCUCACCUUUAUCCUGAAGGCUGUGGCAGUGUUCAUUAAGGAUGCUACACUAUUUUCCAGCAAUGACGUCAACCACUGCACCCUCUCCAAUUUUGCCUGUAAAGCCUCUGUUGUCUUCUGUCACUACUGUGUGAUGGCAAAUUUUUUCUGGCUCCUGGUGGAGGCGCUCUACCUCAGUUCCUUACUGCUGACCUCCUUCCACCAUGGCCGGCGAUGUCUCUGGGGCUUUGGCCUGCUGGGUUGGGGUGUACCCGUCGUUUUCAUAGUCCUGUGGAUUGGUUCCAGGAUGUACUUCGAGGACACUGAAUGCUGGGACAUUAAUGAAGACUCCCCCUACUGGUGGAUCAUCAAAGGACCGAUCGUGGUCUCCAUAGCGAUAAAUUUUAUGCUCUUGGUGAACAUCAUUCGGAUCCUCAUACAGAAGCUUGAUCCUCGUCUGAUCCAGUUCAAUAACUCAUCUCAGUACAGACGCCUGACUAAGUCCACCCUCCUUCUCAUCCCGUUGUUCGGAACCCACUACAUAUUUUUUAACUUUCUGCCUGAAUACGUCAGGGUUGACCUGCGCCUCUGCAUUGAGCUGUGCAUCGGGUCCUUCCAGGGCCUUAUUGUGGCUGUUCUCUACUGUUUUCUCAAUAAAGAGGUCCAGAAGGAGGUCCACACGUGGUGGCUGAGAUGCCAGGAGAACAGCUAUGGGGUGGUGUUACCCGGGGCAAAGGGCAGUCAGAUGGACACGCCCUUCUAGUCCUGGCUGGACCUGCUUUCAACGCUAAUUCACCUAACUUCAAGUUUAAGGCCUUUCAGUUUGGUUGUGUUGUGUCGUGCCAAAAAUUAUCCUCACGAGGACUGUCUCUACUACUACUACUACUAU